AGAGCAUCGUGCUUUCUCUCUCAAGCUUACUCAUCCGGUCACAGUCGUUUGCUAAAAUACUCGUACUUUGAUCUCAAAAUGGGUGAAGAAUGCAAAUGCUACAUCGGAAAUCUCGACUUCAAAGUCAACGAGGCAGACCUACAGGAUAGAUUCAGUCGUUAUGAUGUUGUAGAUGUCCAAGUAAUCUCAGACAGAGAGACUCAGAGACCAAGAGGGUUUGCUUUUGUCACAUUUGGAAGCAAAAAGAACAUGGAAGAUGCCAUCAACGAGCUUGACGGGCAGGAGUUUGAUGGCCGUUCCAUGAAAGUCAAUCAGGCAAGAUCUCGUGAGCAGCGUGGGGGAGGACGAGGAGGUGGCUACAGAAGUGGUGGCGGUGGCGGCUAUGGAGGUGGUAGAGGGGGUGGACGUGGAUAUGGCGGUGGCCGUGGUGGCGGUGGCAGACGGGACUAUGGAGGUGGUAGCAGGAGUGGUUGCGAUGACCAGGACUCAUAUAACUAGGACGUGACUCACAUUCACAUGGCUACCACACUGGUUUCCGUCCCUUGCUUGAUACCUGAUCCCAAAGAUACAAAGAAACAAACCUGCGUGAUACUGAGCCAGUGAAUUGAGCCUACCCAACCGUACACAUGUUCCCAGGAUACAGACAAAGGCCCAUGCAGGCUCCUGAAGGCAUAUAGCCCUCAGGGGAUAUAGUUUAAACGUACAUUUGACUUUUGUUUUGAAUAUGGCUUUGAAAAUUUUGACAUCUUAUAGCUAAAACGUUACAUUAAUACCAUUAAAGAUACCACUUCUACUCGUUUGUCUCUUGUCAAGCGCAGUUAUGCAGAUAUGAUUGAUAUGUAUUCAAGGUUGAUUUGUAUUCAAGGUUGAUUUGUUACUUCAUCAAGAACUCUUCUUCAUCAAGAAGCCUCCUGAUUCAUUACUCUGCAGUGCUUUAAUUUUCCCAAUUUUUUCAAGCAUUUGCAGAAGCUGCUGAUUAGAAGUGGUCUUAAGUUUAAAAGUUUUUUUUAUGACAAACUUUGGGAUUUUUUUAAAUAUUUUUUUUUCUUGGCAUGGUAACUUAUUCCCCCUCUUAUUAUAUUGGUCGGUGUGUAGGUAUAUAUAAUAUACUUAGUAUAUAUACUUAAUAUACUUAGUAUAUAAGUCGGUGUGUUUUUUUUCUAUUUUAGAAUUAGUUUUUUUUGUAUACAUGAGAAACAGGUUUGGUUCUCCUUUAAACUUUUGUUCAACAAGGAAAUUCAGCGCGAUUUGGACAGUUGAUAGGUGUAUAACGGGCCACACAGAUUAAUGCAAGCGCCUCUUCUUUAAUCAGAACUCACUAAUACAUUAAGUGUUAGGUAUGUGCCCCACACUAAUUAGCCAAAAUGUAAGGGAAAAGGGCUUAAGGUUCGACAACAAAAUUCCAGUUUCAACCACAGGGAGCCAACUCAACUUAGCGCAUUGUUUAUUUAACAUGUGCUUUAUUGUGAAUAUCAAUUAGGUCAUGAAGUCUUCAAUAAAACUCCUUCCAAAUACAAA